UUCUUUCUCCCAAAGAAAAGAAUGUAAGGUUGCUGAGAUCACUCCCAACUGAGUGGUACACCAAAGCCACAGCCAUGGAAGAAGGAAGAAACCUGGAAAACUACACUGUUCAAGGUCUCCUUGAUGAACUCAGAACCUAUGAGCACGAGCUGAAAAAGAAGAAGGAAGAACAAGUCACUCCCUUCCCCACGGCAUUGAUGACAACUUCAAGAAUUCCAUCAAGUGAAGGGACAUGCACAAGAAACUGUGACACACCUUCCUCUAGCCAGCCGUCAAGCUCAAAAAUGGAGAACUACGAAGAGGAUUUUGCCAUGAUGGUCAAACAAUUCCGGAAGUUCAAGAAGUUCUUCAAGAAGGCUGAUUCAAUCAGAAGGCCAUCCAAGGGAAAGCCACAGGUAAGUGACUCCCCUCCUGAAUCUUAUUUAUGUUAUAACUGCAUGAAGCCUGGCCACUGGAAGUCAGCAUGCCCGUACCCAAAAGUGGAGAAGUACGGAGAAAGAGAAAGGAUCGAGAAGAAAAAGAAAGCAAUGGUUGCUGCUGAAAGUGACGAGUCAUCCAGCUCAAGCUCGGAUGAAGAAGCCCUCGUUUGCAUGGAGCGCAGAGUUGAGAAGUCCAACCAUGAGGAUAGGUGGACUAUGUCAGAAGAUGACACUCUCUGCCUAAUGGCGAAAGAUGAUGCUGAUCAAGAGGAAGCCGCUAAGUACCCAGGUGUCUGGUACUUAGACAGUGGCUGUUCAAGACACAUGACGGGUGAUGCGAGCCUUUUGAGCAAUCUAAUUCCCUAUGAUGGUCCAAGAGUUACUUUUGGAGGAAGCAAUGAUUUCGGCCUCACUAAAGGUUUUGUGAAAAAAGGUUACUCCUUGGAAUUCUGCAAGAAUAUGGCAUCUCUCAAGAACAUCUCCACAAAUGAAGUCAUUCUCACUGGGAAGAGAAUCAGAAACAUCUAUGAAGUAAUAUGGAGCGAUGUCAAGGAAGCAUGUCUAAUCAGCAAAGACAAGGAUGAAGAAGUCAAUGAAGGAGAUAGAAUAAAGCCCACGGAGUUCAUUCCAUUCAAAAGUCUGCCUCUGAGGACUUCACAAAGAAAUCCGGAUUUAGACAGUGCUAAGCCCUCUGGAAAUUUUGGCCAGCCUUCCAAUAUUCCGGAUCUCUCAAACGGCGAUAAUUCCGGAAAUAGCGACCCAGUGCGAAUCCAUCCGGAAACACCAACAACUUCUGUUCUUCAACCAGAAGCUGGACUAAAUCAACCAGUCAAUCCCAAUCAACACAAUCUUCGUUGGUUAAGGAAUCCUCCUCCUCAACAGAUCAUCGGAGAUAUUCAAUCUGGUACAAAAGUGAAGCUUUCGCAAAAGAAAUUGGGAGAAAAGCUUCGCCUUCCCAAUUCUGGAGUUGAAGUUGGGAAAUUUCCAGUCAAAAAUCUGGACUGGAACAUCAUUGGAAUCUCUGUGCAAGUUCCUUCUGGCCCAGCGAAGAAAGCAGAUCUAAACAACGAUUACAAGUUGGUUUUGGAACUGGUCAUCGCUUGCCUCGAGUGUGGAAGUGGAGGUCAUGCCGAUGACAUCACCCAGGAGAGAGCCUUCAUCAUCAACUCUCUCAUUACCAAAACUAAGGUAAACUGGGCUGCACACUUUUUCAAAUCCAUUUCAAAACAUCUAGGAAAGCACAAUCAGAAGUAUCUCUGUCAAGGUCUGUAUAUUGGACAUAUUUUGGAAUCUAUGGGCGCUGCAGUUAAAGGGAAAAAGUAUGAAGCCAGAUACUGGCUAUACUACUUAUCCUCCAAAGAAAACAGAGCUAGCGCUAGUGCCACUGCAGAAGAAAGCUCAUCAGACAAUGUUCCACUCAUCAAUUUCGCAAAGACUACCAAGAGAAAGCAUGUAGUGUCUCCCUCUCCCAGUGCUGAAGCACCACAGAAUCUUGCUCCAAUAAAUCUUGAAGAAGAAGAAGAAUCCUCUGACCAAGGAGAACUUCAAAGGAAGAAGAAGAGCAAGAUCAACUCUCUAUCAACAUCUGGAAAUGUCAAUCCAGAUGAGUUGAAGGAGAAGGAACCUGCUGAGGAAACCUCUGCUCAAAACCGGAGCCCUCAACUACUUGAAGAAGAAAUUCCUCAAGUCCAAAGCCUUCCAACCUCAUCACCUCAACCUCAAAGAGAUGAUGCAGAUAACCAAUUCUGGCAGCUCUACUAUGGUUGGAAAGCCUGGAAAGUUGGAAAUUCAGCAGAGCAACUGUUAAAUUGGGAACAACAACUGAAGAAUGAGAAGAUCAUCAAAAAGAAUCCUGAAGACUUGCAUCUGGAAUACCUGGCCAACACACCAGUUUCAGACUUUGAAGCAGAUGAUGAAGAUCAUGCAGUCUUCAAGUCAGUCUUCUCAAAAGACACAGAAGAUCAAGUGGUUUUCACUUCUGAAGCACAAGGUGUUUUGGAAGCAGCAACUGAAGAUUUCCAAACACUUCCGGAAACCUCACAUGUUUCUGAAAUGGUUCUAACUGAAGUUGUAGAAGAGAAGGCAACCUCACCCCCACAAGAACAGAACCAGGAAACAGCAGAAGAAGAAGAAUUUCAGCCACUAAUCCAAUCUCAAGUUUUGGAGAUUCUCACCACUCCUUGUGAGAUCUCCAAUCCUGCUGAAAUUGAGAUCCCGGAAAAGUCAGCAGAAAUUCCAGAACAGUCAGCUCUUCCAGAAACAAUGGAGCAAGCUGUUGAAGCACAAAGGAAUUCAGGAGAAGCUGAAAAGGAAACUCAAAUGGCAGAACUAGAGGUCUCUCAAACUCCAGUAGCCAUUUUUGAAGAAGAGAAUAUAGCUGAAGAAAGAGACUCCCUCUCUAGGGAUAUAUCAAAUUUUGCGCUUGAAGCAGAAGGAGAGUCUGAAAGAACACUGAACGUUACUGAUGAAGAAGAUGUACAAGAAGAUGCUAAAUCUCUUCCUAUUCAACUCUUCCAAAGAACACCACCAUCUCAUCAGGUAACCAAUUUUCAUUUCCACAGCUCUUCCACCCCUACUCUUCCGGAUGAGAUACCGGAAAUCUGGACAAAGAAGGUCCAAGGGCUGAUUGAAUCAGCCCUAGCAUCUCAACAUGCCUCCUUUAGGCAAGAGAUAGAGCAAAUGGAAGUCAGGCACACCCAGCUGAUAGAGAAAUCUGAAGGAAAACACAGCGCAGAUCUCAAAGAAAUAAGCAAAUCAGUGCACAAGACUCUGGAGAUUAUCUCUCUAUUGAGUGAAACUGUGAGCAACACAAUGGAAAUAUAUGCCUCUGACAGUCAACUUCAACUCAAAGAGAUCAACAAAGUCAAAGAGCAAAUAGCGAGUGUCACAGUUUGUCUCCAAAAACAGAUGUCCCUUCUCCAAAUGGACAUCAGAUCAGCCCUAGCAGUAGCUUCUGCAAAUCAGGUAGUGACCAAAGACUACUUGAAGGUGAUCAUUGACAAUCAAAAGGAAGCAUACAAGCUGUUCAGACUUAUUGGCGCAAAUUCUGGAAACCGCAAGAUGGAAGUAAUUCUCCAACAACACAGUCCAUC